AUGGCCUCCCAGGCCGGACUGCCAUGUUUCCAGAACAUUUUCCUAGAGCAGGCCUGGCACCCCAAUGCGCAGGCCACCAAGAAGGCGCAGGCCCUGGACACUCGCACCUCGCUGCCCGUCUCCCCUCGCCCCACACCCCACCCCUGGCGCCGGCUCUGCUUCCUUCCAGUCUCACUUGCAAAUUCAGGAUUGGGCCACUGUGAACUUGCCCGUCCAUCACAGGGAGACCUGGCCCUCAGAGACGACGGCCUUCAGUCCCGGGAGGAGCCUGCAAUUCGUCAUCGGCCUUCCCAGUUUGUACCAUCCAUGGGAAUCCAGAACAGUAAGGAGCUAAACAGAACCUGCUGUCUGAAUGGGGGAACCUGCAUGCUGGGGUCCUUUUGUGCCUGCCCCCCCUCUUUCUAUGGACGGAACUGUGAGCAUGACUUGCGCAAAGAGAACUGUGGAUCUGUGCCCCAUGACACCUGGCUGCCCAGAAAGUGUUCCAUGUGUAAAUGCUGGCACGGCCAGUUCCGCUGCUUUCCUCAGCCUUUCCUACCUGGUUGUGAUGGCCAUGUGACGGAUGAGCACCUCACAGCUUCCGGGACUCCAGAAUUAGCGCUGUCUGCAUGUGCUUUUAUGCUGCCUGGCAUCUGCCUUGCUAUACAAAGUUAUUAUUAA